AUGUCAGAGUCUUUUGAAGGUUUUGGCACCCUUCCUACCAACUACACCCCCAUCGCCCACAAGUCUGCCACGAAUGGGACCUUAAUGGUUUUCCAGGGCUUACAGCUGGUGCAACGGCUGAAGUUGCUGAUCAUCCUGAUGUACACAGGCGUGGUCGUUAUCGGGAUGGUUGGGAACUGCCUUCUGGUGCAUGUCAUCCUGCGUGUAAAGAAGAUGCACAACGUCACCAAUUUCCUCAUCGGGAACCUAGCCCUUUCUGACGUGGCCAUGUGUGCUACCUGUGUCCCAUUUACGCUGGCCUACGUUUUUGAGCCCCGUGGCUGGAUUUUCAGCAGCACAAUGUGCUACUUUGUCUAUUUUAUGCAGCCUGUCACUGUCUAUGUCUCCAUCUUCACCUUGGCCACCAUUGCUGUGGACCGGUACAUUGUCAUUAUGCACCCACUGCGACGCCGGGUCUCCCUGCAGCUCACUGCCUACAUGGUUCUCUUCAUCUGGAUUCUCUCCUGCUGCUUAGCAUUGCCAGCCAUGGCACACACCUAUUAUGUGGAGCUGGAUCAGCAGGGAGUAACCCUGUGUGAGGAGUUCUGGGGGGAGCAAGAGCGCCAGAGACAAACCUACGCCUUGGGCCUGCUGCUCAUCACCUACCUCUUCCCUUUGCUGGCCAUCCUGAUAUCCUACAUCAAGAUCUCUCUCAAACUAAAGAACAGGGUGAUGCCAGGGACUGUCACCCAGAACCAGGCUGACUGGGACAGAGCCAGGAGGAAGAGGACAUUCUGCCUGCUGGUCAUGGUAGUUGUGGUCUUUGGGGUGUGCUGGCUUCCCCUUCACAUCUUCAACCUUAUUCGGGACAUUAACAUCAAUGCUAUUGAUGCUUAUUAUUUCAGCCUGGUACAGCUGGUUUGCCACUGGUUUGCUAUGAGCUCAGCAUGCUACAACCCUUUCAUAUAUGCCUGGCUCCAUGAUAGCUUUAGAGAAGAACUUAAAAAAAUACUUGUCUGGCAUAGGAAAGUCGUUCCUUCUGGGCAAAGUGUGACUGUAACUGUUGUUAUCUGA